AUACUAAAUACGGCCUCAACAAUAUUCCAGGCUUUCAAUCCCAAGAUGGACCAUUUGACUUGCUUCCUGCCGGGUACAUUAGCCCUUGGCCACGCCAAUGGCCUCCCUGACUGGCACAUGACCAUGGCCGAGGAACUCCUUUACACCUGCUACUUGACAUAUGCUGCUCACCCAACAUUCUUGGCUCCGGAGAUAACUCACUUUUAUAUGGAAAAUGUGCCAACGUCCAAAAAUGUUCCGCAGGCGAGUGUCGCCGAAGACAUGUACACUAAAACAGCCGACUCUCAUACUCUUCUGCGUCCUGAAUUCGUUGAGAGUCUGUGGUACAUGUACCAAAUUACUGGAAACACAACAUAUCAGGAUUGGGGCUGGCAGAUAUAUCAGGGAUUCGAGAAGUACGCACGAGUACCAAACGGUUACACAUCGCUGGCGAAUGUAAAGGUCGAAAAACCAGUGCAACGUGACAUGAUGGAAUCCUUCUUUAUGUCGGAAACUCUGAAAUACCUGUAUUUGCUGUUCAGCGACGAUAGGUUCACAAUUGACCUGAACAAGUACGUCAUUAACUCUGAAGCCCAUCCACUGCCUAUACACAAAAACUAGGAGCCGGUCUAUUGGUACAUUUAAAGCAACAUGGUCUACAUGUUUGCGUGAGGACCCCUUUGCGAAAGAGCAUUGGGUCGAAUUAUUAACGCGCGUUUUCGCGAACCCUAUUUAAGGUGAGAAUUCCUGUAGCCAUUGCGCACUCAAUGGAAUGUCCCCCUUAGAAAAUAGCAAUAGUAGUGCAAUUUCUUAAAUAUCUAAUUGUGUCAUUAUAGGUGUCUGUUUACUCCCAAAGUUCAGUAUGAAACUGAAGGUAUUAUAAUUAUUGUGUUAUGCCAUACUUAUACAAUACUUAAUAAUAAAAUACAUUUUACCAGUAGUUAAUGUUGUGCUAAACAGUAUCUAUGAAACAAGUACUCAUUUAUUACUAUAAUAAAACCGUUUUCUGUAUUAAUGGUAAAACAUAUAACUUUAUUAUAGUCUAGCAAAAAAAUGAAUACAUUUUUCUUCAUUUGUUAUUACACGCACUACCAGUUAUUCAGAUAGAUAAUUGAUAGCAUUUAUUUCGUCGUAUCAGUAAGUACAUGUCCUAUGCAUACAGCGUGUUUAAUAAUAUAGAUUCAUAAUUUUCACGAUAAAUAGUAACAACAGUAGAUUGAAUCACAUUCUUCCUAAUAAUAAUUAUGUUAUUAAGUACUUAACUUGUAACGAAUUUAUAAUUAAUGUUUUGUUUGCAAGGAAUUUCUUGUAUUACUCGUCUAACUCUUUACAACCGACUUAUUACAUUCUCUGAUUAAUUUAUAAUUAAUUUACUUUUUGGUACACUAUAUUUUGACGGGACCAAAUUUUGUAGUGACUAUGGAUAUUAAUACAGAUUAUUUACUAAGUUAAUAUCAAUCAAAGAAUAUUUAUUUGGCUGUAUCAUUGAAUUUUAUAGUAUGCAGGCUGGUGGUAUAACAUCUGCAAUAAUGGGUUAGUCACAUAGCUCUACAGUGAAGAGAAAGAAAUUAGAUUUUAUAUUAAAAUAAAGUCGAGAGGUAAAUUGCAUAGUAUAAAGAGCAGUUGUUGUGACUAUUGCGUAUAACCUGUGGCCGGCCUGUAUUAACUAAAUUUAGUCAUGUUUAAAUUAUUUUUACUAUAGUCAAUAUUGUUAUAGUUUAAUUAUGUUUUUGUUCUAUUGUCUAUAACUAAACUCGCUUUUAUUUCUAGUAAAAUAAAAUGAAUCUCAAGCUUUACGGCUUUUACGGUCCCAAGUGUUGUAAUUCUUUAUUUAUAUUAGUUUGGUUAGGGAUCGUAGUUACUGAAACCUUAAGGUGUAAAUUAUGAUUACUAUAGUUUAAUUUAGGAUAUAUUUCACUCAAGUCAUUAUCAUAUUUUGAAUUAUUUUGUUGUGUACAAUAUUUAUAAAUUUAUAUCUAUAAUUUAGUUGUAUGUGUAUAGGGAAUGCGAGGAAAAUUAGAGUGACGGAGUUCGACGUGCGUUAGAUGUAUAAAUUUAAUCUAAGUAGGUAUAUUCUUAGGCAAGAGUGCUGAGACUUGUGGUUAGUAUCGGAUAUCACCUACAGUGACUUUCUUAGCAUUUGAAAUUGCUUUGGCGAACUCGGCACUCGAUAUAGUUGUCCCAAGAACUAAUGUAAUGCCUUUAGGACGUGUAUCAUCCUUUUCUUUUUGAGCUUUUGUCAUUCAUCAACUACCGUAUAAAUAGAUAUAUAUACACCGUAUAAUAGUAAAUCCCCUUCUAUCCCAUCUCAGAAAACUACACUCUUGAUGUGUGCAUUUUUAUAACUUCGACCAUGUUUAUUCUUAGUUUUCAUUCAAAUCUUAAAAGAAAACCUCGUUUAUCUGAUACGCCUUACGCCAAAUCUUGUUGAAAAUGUAAACUAAAGUGGUUUAGUACAACAAGUUUUGACUGAUGAACAAGUUGUCAUCAAAACAUUAAAAAUAAUUAAUUGUGAAAAAUGUUACAAAUUCUGGCAAUUUUGAUGAUAUAGUGUAAUGCUGAUGGCUAUUCACAGCAUUAACUCCGUAAUAUGUGCCUCGAAAUACCAUAAUAUAUGCAUUACUAACUAUGUUUUACUAACGAAUUACACAAUAAUAUACAAUGUUUAAAGUUAAAUAAUAUUCGUAUAGACUCGAUUUGAAAUAUUCCUAAUCGAACGCACAUUUUGUGAUAGGUCAUUUUUCACGUUAUUUGCCAAAUUAUACAUUAGGUAAAUGCAUAGCUAUAUACGUUGUUAUUAUACUUAUACAGCAAGGCAGGAACGUUAUUUGGCAGGCGACAGAGCACGCGUAAUUUAUGGAGGGUCAAGGUUCGAGACAAAAUGGUAGUUUUACCAACGUUAGCAUAUUAUAGGCUGAGCUAGUUAGAUACAUUAUAAAACGACCUCACUAUGCAAUAAGUCGUGCAUUAUUAUGCCCUUUUAUAGAGGGUAAGUUAAGGCCUAAGAACUAUGCAACCAUCUCGAUUAAUUAAAUGCACUAACGCACAAUUAACGUAAUUAUAAAUAAUACCACUAUAGUUUUAAGUACUUAAAUAAACGUUGUAUACUUUACCGGGGUUGAGUAUAAUUAGUGUAAGGUAUGUUGUUCUUUAUUGUUACGAUUUAUAAUAUAUUAAAUUAUCAGUUUACGUCCUAACUUUCACUUUGUUUUAAUUUUAAGUAGUAAUCAAUUUAAUGAUAACAUUUCACUGUUAAAUGUUUCAUGUUAUUUUAGUGAUAUGCCAGGUAAUUCAUUUUAAUUGUAAAUUGUAAUGGUAACAACAAUGCAAGUUAUGUAUUUAAAAUACAUAUUUUGUAAAAUAUGUUUUUGUGAAUUUGGAAGGAAACUGGAUUAGUAUGAAUCUUUGAUGAGUCCUAGAUGGCACUAAAAUAUCUUACAUACUAAAAGACUGUUUCAUAAGAAGUACAGUACAUUUGGACUGGUCCUAGAAAGCAAAUACAAUGAUUAUGUUGUCCUCCAAAUGUAAGCGUCUGAUAAAUUUAUUAUAAAUAAGUGCAGAUCAGAUCAAGACGAUUGCAACCUUCAGCGCAUUUAUUUAACUUUGUAGCUGAUGAUAUUCACAAGGUUUCAUAGAUUCUAGGAUUACUUGCAAUGAAUGCCAAUGCAUAGUUUCAUACCACACACGUUCAUUGGCAAAGUCUAUUUUCAUUUACCGUUGUAUAUGAUACUUAAUAUCUUUUGGCCAAGAUUGUGGGAUGGCAGCGCAUUUAAUGCCAAAAUGUGUGUCAUUCAUUUAAGAAAUUAUUCAGUUACCAAUGUAAAUUAGUAAUUAGUUACCAAACAUCAUGGAUCAUCCCUAAAUUGUAUGAUAAACUAAACUUGUUUCCACAUGUGAUGAAUGUUUAAAGGAGAAUAAUGAUAACAAUGUAUGCUUGCUGCGUAAGAUCAUUAGUUGGUGUAUUAAUUAAAUAAUUUAUUUACCCAUAUUUGUGGAUAUCAUUUAUAUGAUAUUGUAUUGCCUUUAUAAGCAUUCUUUUAAUUAUAUUUACCAAAAGGAACACGUUACUGUAAUUCAUGUAUUAUUAAAAAUAAGCAACUAUAGAUGUAUUUGAGGCUGGGUAUCCAUAUACAUUAUAAUGAAUUUUGCAUUUAUAUCUACAUACAUAGUUCAAUGUCAGUUUACUGGAAUCUUAAAAGUUGUGCUAAUACAUAUUGGUUGUAAUAAAUGUACAAUUUAUAAA